AUGGCACCAAACAACGCUCUCGGCAACCCGACGGCGGCCAGGCUCCGCGCGGCUGCGGAAGGCCGACCGGCAAAGAGCCCGCGCCGACGCAGAGCCUCUGGCGGGAGCCAGCCCGACGGUGUGCGCGUCGCCUCGUCGGACGGCUUUGGUGCGGGCGCGACGAGCAUGAUCGAUCGGUCCGAGGUGGCGGCGCGAGGCACGGGCACCGCGAAGCGCACGCCGCUCGACGAGUUUGAGGCCGCGGCUCGCGCCGACGGCCUCGUCGCCAGCGAGCUGCGGAGCUUCUGGACUUGCGUGAUGUUCCUGACGCGGCUGCCCUGCCCCGGCUGGUGCGACCACCACCCGGGCUAUCUGAUGCGGUCGAUGGCGCACUUCCCGCUCAUCGGCGCACUGAUCGGCGCGUGGGCCGCCGCCUUCUACGACGCCGCCGCGAGCCUCUGGCCGCCGCUCGUCGCCGCCGCCGUCUCCAUGGCGGGCACUCUGUGGCUGACGGGGUGCUUCCACGAGGACGGGCUCUGCGACACGCUCGACGGCUUUGGCGGCGGAUGGACAAAGUCGCAGAUCCUCAAGAUCAUGCGAGACUCGCGGAACGGCUCGUACGCGACCAUGGGUGGGUGCAUGUGGGUGGUGGCCAAGGCGGCGCUCCUCGCAGAGCUCGGCCGCGGGGCGGCCGGCGCCGGAGGGGCGAGCGUGUGGGCGGUCGGAGGGUCGGCGGGCGCCGGGCCGUGCCUGGUCGUCGCGCAGUGCGUGGCGAGGGCGUCUGCGGCGCCGCUCAUCUACUGCUACGCGUACGUCGUCGACGACGAGGACGCAAAGGGCGAGUACUACAACUGGUUUGGCGAGUCGCGCCGGCUGCUCGGGCUGCGGCGCGUGCUCGUCGCUCUGGCCACCGCGGCGGCGGUGGCGCACGCGCUCCUUCCCGCCGCAGCAGCGAACCGCGCCCUCCUCGUCGCUGCUGGCGGCACGGCGGUCGCGGGGGAGUACGGUCGCUCCGUGCUCGGCGGCGUGAUGGGCGACUUCCUCGGCGCGACCAUCUGCGUGCUCGAGCUGGCAAUCUACCUCGCGCUCGGCGCUGACACCACCCGCGCCGACCCGCGGCCGCUCCUGCGGCUCGCGCUCGUGGUGGCGCUGCCGCAGCUCUACGGCGGCUGGCGGCGGUGGUACGAGCGGCGGCAGGGCAUCGCCGCGCCGCCGCCGCAGGACUGCUGA